AGUAAGACUGUAUCAUAUUAGAAACAUUGCCCAUAGAUGUAUUUUCUCUUACCUCUGACAUGUGAUUCCCAUUUAAGGAGUUACUGUUCCAAGCUAUUUUUAUUCCGUCUCAAAAGGUCUGAACACAAGUGUUCACAUUUGACACACAUUAUAGUAGAUUAAACAAGGCAGUGUUACCAAUAGUUGGGGAAAAUUUUGGGGAAUACACUUGUACACUUUCUUGCCAAGAGUUAGAUGAGAUAAUCAAUACCACUCUCAGAUUUGUCUGUUGAAGUCAUAUGAAGCAACAGCCAGCAGAUAGUUAGCUUAGCUUAGCUUAGCAUAACGACCGGAAACAGGGGGGAACAACAGGCCUGGCUCUGUCUAAAGGUAACAAAAUCCACAUACCACCACCUCUAAAGCUCACUAAUUGACAUGUUAUCUGGUUUGUUGAAUCUGUACGAAAGCCGAUGGGGGGGGGAGAUGUGCAAAGCUCCUUCUUGGCUGCUGGUUGCCUGUUAACCUCAGGUUGACAAUGAGUUAGGGCACCUGGGUAGCUCACUUGGUAGAGCGUGCGCCCAUAUUCAGAGGUUUACUCCUCAACACAGCGGCCGUGGGUUCCCAAAUGUUGAACUGUUCCUUUAAACUAUCUCUAUAUCUUUAAUUUAAUACACAUGAGGAAGAUCAGCAUAUAGAAAUUUAGAUGUAAAGCGAGACUAUGUAACUUUGCCUUAUGGGAUAAUGGUAACAGUAGAACAAGUAGAAAAAAAUCAUAAAGUAAGUAUACUGACAAUAAAGCCAACAUAAACUACUGGUCAUACCAAAUAAGGCUGAAGUGUAUUACAGGAUUCCUGAUCUCAGAAAAAUGUGCUUACUUUACAGGAAAAACCCUGUGCAAGGUGUUACAAAUAUGAAGAAAUAUGUCUGGGCUGUCACUGGCUAGCAGAUGUUUAAGUCAUCCAAAAAAUGCCUUUAAUGAUGACAGGCUGUAACAGUGAGGUUAAAGUGUGAACAGUCAGCCAGACACACACACACACACACACACACACACACACACACACACACACACACACACACACACACACACACACACACACACACAAUCUAUUAUGUAAGUACUUUUUAGGGCUUUAGUUCACAGUGUUUGUCAUUGGGGUGGAGCCUAUCACAAGUUUCAAGGAAUGAGAAGUGUGAAUCAGCAGUGUUUGCCUCUGUGACUGUACACAGCCGUCUAACAUGAGCAAAGAAUACUGAUUGACCAAAAUGGCACCUGAAUGUCUGGGGUCCAACACAAAACUGUCCACAGCAGCUUUUCUUCAGAACCUUCAAAGCAACCACAUUUCUACAUUUAUCACAGAGUGAAACCUUUGGUUGAACUUUUCAACUGAUGACAAAAUGCCUCCGUUGAGCAUUCAGUACACUAAACAGCGAUGGUUAUUAACCAUUGCUGGACUGUUCUUGUACGUGGUGGACAUUUGGACAGACAUCGGGCUGGCACUGAAAUAUUAUCAAGAGAAACAUUUUGUGUGGACUGCACUGACUCUGGUGUUUGUUCUGGCGGGGGUGCUGGUGACACAGAUCUUCAGCUACACCUGGUACAGGGACGACAUGAAUGGUCCUCUGGUGAACACUGUGGGAGGACCAAACAUAUCAGGCACGUCCACAGGUGGACUUGCUGUCCUGCACCUAUUUGGCAUGGGCAUCUUCACCAGGUAUUAUCACCUGCUAAGGGAAGGCUUCACAGUGGUUUGGACAACAUCACAUUCCUAUACAGAGGAACAGAGAAGAGAUGUGCACCAAAAUCUGUUUUGCCUGGCGACAGAUCUGAGCAUGCUCAAGCUGCUUGAGGCUUUCUUGGAGAGUGUUCCCCAACUCCUUCUGCAACUAUACAUAGUGAUGGGCCAGAAUGAGUGCUCACUCAUUCAGUAUUUCUCUAUGGCGUUCUCCUUCUUUAACAUUGCCUGGGCCCUGGUUGACUAUCGCCGCUGCCUGCGCAGAUCCCUUCCCCACGUCAGUGAGAUGCCCUCUGGCCUCCCCACAGCAAUCUACCUCCUCUACAAACUCUGCACCAUCACCAGCCACAUCCUCAGCUAUGCCCUCCUCCUCAUACUGAGCCCCUAUAGCACAAUAGCCCUCACCAUCGUCUGGUUUCUGGCUACAAUCUGGACGCACAUGCUCCAGACCAACUUCUGCUCAUCCGGUAAACUUGAGCUUCUGUACCGAGCAGUCAUUGGAGUCAUCCUCACAUUCACCUUUUUCAACGUCAAAGGACAGGACACCAAAGUAGCGAUGAUCAUCUACUACUUGUUCUAUGCUAUUACAAAUAUUAUAGCUCCUUCACUGCUAGCUUUGUUGAAACCAGAGUUACAGACAGCCACGUUUUUGCUGACAGUCGGUGGUUUAAUCUUUGGAGGUUCAGUGCUGGGGCUAGUGUGUCUCGUGCUGUACUACCUCCUCCUGCAUCCCAGAGAGAAGUGGCGAGAGGCUGAUGAGGUGGACGGCCUGGAGAAUGAAACAGAGACCACAAGGAGAAUAAGGAACUUUUUACAGCCUUGAUAAUCUAUUUCUGGUUAUGGGGGUGCAGAGAAAAAGAUUGCUGUACAUUGUAUUUAACGAGGAAAAAGCCUGUACAGAGAGAUGUGACGUCAUCUAGGCCUAGAUAUUGUGCUCGCCAUUCUUACUGCUUCUAUCUUACCAUACUGUGCCUUAUCAUGCAGUUAUGUUACCAUAUUCUGAGAAAAGUUUGCCUCUUCAUCACAGAUACAAAUGGCUGGUGAAGCAAUUCAGUGCAUCAUAGUUGAGUGUAUGAAUUACAUUUUAUUUAUUCUUGUUGUAAUAAACUUGAUGAAUUACAUAUUUAUUGUUAUAUCUAUAAAAAGUAAUUUAUUUGCUAAUCCUAAUUAACAGCUGGCAUUAUCUCCUUGGAUAUUAUACAUCGCUGCUAUUGAGACAGAUUUGUCUAUUGAGAUAAGCUAUGGCUUCAGCCUACACCUUUUCGGUUACCACCCUUGUUUGUAAUGAACUUGCUGUACUUAUAUUAUGUUUUAUGUUUAGUAACCGAAUAAACCUUCAUUCAUUCAUUCAUUCAUUGUAAUGAAAUCUAGAAAUUAUAUUAUGAUAAAAAUAAUUUGGUUUCUCUAAUUUCUUUUAUUUUUAUUUUUUUUAAGAUUAUUUUUGGGGCAUUUUUAGGCCUUUAUUU